GCGCUGUUGCGUUGGCGUUGCGUUUUUGUUGCGCCGGCUGUUUUGCCAAAAGUGGUAAGAAAGAGUGAGAGGGAGCGGCAAAGAAAAAACAAUUCACUCGCGAGCGCGAGAGCGGCCAUUAAAGCUCGGCUCACCUAGCUGUAAAAACUAGCAAAGUUCGCAGCUCAAUUUUCGUGCGUUUUUUUCUUUUUCGCCAGUUCAACGAAAGAAGCUCGCGAGUGCGGAGCGAAUAACGGUAAACGCUAGCUCCCAUUACGGUCCGUCGCAGCAUAGUUUAGUGUAGUGUAGUGUAGUGCUUUGGUGACCGUGUAGCGUAGUGUUUUCAAGUGAAGUGCAGACGGGGGUGGUUGCAAACAAAAAGCCCAUAAAAUACUAAACGCAAAUAGGCAAGAAAGCAAAAAUAUUUAACACAAGUGUGUCGGUUCAGUGUUUUGUGGUGCGAAAAUCUCACGAAAAUAGGAAAAAAGAAAACAAGAGAAAAAAUCCAAUAAAAACACGGCCCGCUGAGCGUUGAGCCUCACAUAACGGAAAAGCUGGAGAAACAACGUCAACAGCUAACUGGGGAAUUACAAAAACUCGCGCGUCCAAAAAGAAAAAACAACCAACAACGAGAGAAUAAACUAAAAAGAAAAACAAGCGCGGAAAGUUGCUCGCUAAAUAAAGGAUUUUCCACCCAGCUGGAAAGUGUUGAGCGGGACAACCCGUAAUUGAAUGCAGAUUGAGCGGCGAGGAAGUUAAGGGGACAGCCAGCUUAGAGCCUAAGUCAGAAUGUUUGAGUGUCGAUUAGUGCAGAGUGGUGGCAGUUGAGGCGCCCAGAAGAAAGCCCCACAACGUCCUUCCGCCCACGCGCACGCCCCUUUUGGCCGGUGGGUUGGUGUGUGCACUCUAGUGGCGCCUCAGUGUUUGUGAGUGUGUGUGCGACAGGUGCUUGCGUUGGUGGUGGUUAGCAUGCAAAUCAACGGUCUAGCUGCCGGACCAACGAUGGCAGCCUCCGAGCCACCAGAGCCGCCGCCGCGCAAUCCGGACCGCAUAAACGCCUCGCUGCACAAGCUGGGCGAAUCCAAAGUAGCCAAAUCCCUGGACACCUCAGUGGCGACGGGACUGAAGGAGAAGGCAGCUUCCGUGAACAACAACAAGCCCAUAAGACCGCUCCUAUCGCUGGACAGCUCGGUGACGGCCUCGACAUCCUCGACAGCCUCGACAGCCUCGACAUCCUCGGCAGCAGCAGGAGCAGCAGGAGCAACAGGCUCCGGUGGCGGAGGUGCACCAGGGAAGCCAUCACCGCUGGUCCUGGCCUCCAAACGAGACCUCACGCCCAGCAACGAGAGCAGCUCCUCGCCGUCCAGCUCGAAUGGCAGCAACCAGACCCUUACCCCACCCAUGACCGCUGACCAUCAGCCGCUCCAGCAGCAGAUACAGCACCACCAGCUCCACCAGCACAGGAGUCCUGCGUAUCCUGGCAAGACAGCGGAAGCCGCAGGAGCAGUGCCUCAGCAGCAACAGCAGCAAUUGCCGAAUGGCAUCGGCAGCAGCCACUGCAGCAGCAACAGCAACACCAACGGCAGCAGCAGCACUUGCAACUCCGGCACAGCCAUGAUCCAUGCGAAUAACUCGAAUUUAAUUGCCGCUGGUCACUUGGCGCAGGCAGCCGGCCCCGCCCACAACGCCCCCUCCAGCGGCAGUGCACUCAAUGCCGUCGACAAGCGAAAUGCCAACCUUUCGGAGCCGGAGCCGGAUCAGGACCUGACCCCGCAUCUGAAUGUAAACCUAAGCCCGAAUCCGUCGCUGGCCCUGGGAGCCCCGCACUCCCCCACAUCCGCCGCAUCGGCGGCCUUGCUCCUCCUCGAAUCCUGCGAUGGAAAUCGCAACGACGAGUCAAGGUUCCACCGCCUGCAUUCCGCUCCCCGCCCAGAGGCCACCAUGAAGCUGCGCGAGGAGAACGAUCGUCUCAAUGCCGAACUGCUUCGACUGAGACGCCUCCUCGAGCUGUCCACAGAUGGGGCAGUGGGCGGUGUGGACACCGCUCCCGAAAUGGAAGCAGCCUCAUCCGGCGAAGGAUCAGCUGCCAGGGAGCGCAUCGAGCGCCUGGAGUCGGAGCUCAGGUCGGUGAAGAACCAGCUGCUGACCAUGCGGCUGGAGCGGAAGAAGCUGCGAACGGACAAGUCCGAUCUGCUGGGACAGGUGAAGCAGCUGUGCGCCUCGCUGCAGGAGAAGGAGCAAGAGCUGCGCGACUUCAUACGCAACUACCAGGAGCGGGUGCGGGAGACGGAGACAACGAACGCCAAGAUCUCCGGGGAUCGGGAUCGCGAACGCUUCCAGCUGCUCAAGCAGGCACGCGAUGAGGCGGAGCGUUCGCUGGCCCUGGCCCAGCAGCUGUCCGCCAGGGAUCUGCAGCUCCAGAGGCUGCAGGAGCAGCUGCAGGAGGCACGCCGCCAGCUGACCGGCUGUCUGUCGGAUCAGGAGAGCCUGCACUCCUUUGCCCCACUCACACCUCCGUCGGCUGCCUCGGGAAUGCUCAGUCAGAUGGCCGCCGCAUCGGGCAUGGGCGGGGGAUUGGCCGGCAUGCGCGCCACCACUGAGGACAGUGGGCGUGGCAACUCGUUGUCCGCCUUCAGCGGCAGCUUAAGCGGAGGAUCCGGCGCCACGGCGGGCGAUCGCAACUCCUGCUCCAAUGACUCGGGCCUGAGGAACAGCAGCGAUCGGGAGAGCACCGGCGGAGAACUGAACUUCAGCGAUGGCACCUGCGACAAUGGACCCUGCAUCACGGUCGAUCCCGACAGCAUCUCCCUCGUGUCCAGCCAGAACAUGUACCAAUUCGGCACACCCAAGGAACGGAGCCCCACAUUGUCUCCUCUCAAUUCGGCGGCCUACUCAAGGUCCGUGGAACAGUUGGGCUCCCCGGUGGACCCCGAGGGGCCAGGCAAUGGAGCCAUCAGCCGGAAGUUCGCCAGCGCCAGCAAAAGUGGACCACUCGGUGCUCGAAAUGGACGCGGCGGAACCUGGGGCAGCAUAUCACGAGUGUUUGCUCGCUCCAGGAAUAAAAGCAAGGCCCUAUCCGCUGAUGGAGUUACUGAAUAUACCGACUACUCGUGGAAUCCGUUGACGGAGGAGGGCUACGCCGAGAAGCUGCGUCUGCUGCGGGAGGCCUCCCAGCUGCCCAUCGACCGCUGGCGGGCCACCCAGGUGCUCGCCUGGCUGGAGGUGGCCCUGGGCAUGCCCCAGUACAGCGCCAGGUGCGCCGAGAACGUGAAGAGCGGCAAGGUGCUGCUGGAGCUCAAUGACGUGGAGCUGGAGGCGGGCCUGGGCCUGGCCCAUCCGAUGCACCGCAAGAAACUGCGGCUGGCCAUCGAGGAGCAGCGGCGUCCGGAGAUGGUGCGCUAUCCGCUGAUCACGCAGCUGGGCCACACCUGGGUGGCCACCGAGUGGCUGCCGGACAUCGGACUGCCCCAGUACGCGGAGCCCUUUGUGCAGUCCCUGGUCGACGCUCGCAUGCUGGACACGCUCUCCAAGAAGGAGCUCGAGAAGUUCCUGGGCGUCACGCGGAAGUUCCAUCAGGCCAGCAUUGUGCACGGCAUCCACGUGUUGCGCAUCGUCAAGUACGACCGGCAAACUCUGGCCAUGCGGCGGGUGCAAUCCGAGACGGUGGACACGGACCCCAUUGUGUGGACGAACCAGCGGUUCAUCCGCUGGGUGCGAUCCAUCGACCUGGGCGAGUACGCGGACAAUCUGAAGGAUAGCGGCGUUCAUGGCGGCCUUGUGGUGCUGGAACCAUCCUUCUCUGGUGACACCAUGGCCACCGCCCUGGGCAUUCCCCCCUCGAAGAACAUAAUACGGCGACAUCUCAACACGGAAUUCGAUGCCCUCAUUUUGCCCGCACGAUACCUAAUUUACUGUCAAAUGGAAGAAUUUCAAAUGGAAGCCUCCAGACAAUUGGCCAAAUUGCAGGGCCACUAAACAAUCCGCACGAACCAAAGAACUCGAUAACGAAAAUGAAUAAUAAUCAAAAAUCAAACGGGAUUCAUACUGAUUUGUUGUUUAGCCAAGCUGAUAAAGAUGAUACGAUAAUAACUAUAGGGAGAGAACAAUAACUGGAGCACAGCGCUAGUCAUUUCGUCAAUACGAAUAGUUGAUAGAUCCUCGCCAGGAUAUUCACACAUCCGAGUAGUAAACGUACAUGUAAUCAUACCACAAUAUUAUAAAGUGCUUUAGGCAUCGAACUAGGAACGCACACGUCAAUAACAAAACCAGUGUCCAAGCUUUGCAUAUCCGAUAUCAAAAUUAUGAAGAUACUCUCUGAGGAGCGCUUAACGUUGCAUUUACUUAGGUUGAUUUACAAGUCGAAUCGAGCAUUUAAUGUAGUAGAAAUCUAGGGUUAAGGCUUUACGUCAAUGUAGUUGAGGAGGGGAUUGAAAUACAUACUCGUAUGUAUUUCAGACAUUAUCAAUUGUUACGCCUAAGAUGAGCAUUGCAAAUGCCGAAACACACACCCUUCCACAUGAGCGUCUUUCGUCACUAGGCCGAAGCACACAAGUUCCCGUUCCCUGUGAUACAGAAGCUGUUUUCUGAGCUCGGUUAGACAGCCACUGAGCGCACAAUGGAACCCUAAAGACCAAUAACAUAACCACACACUCGCACACAGAUCCAUGGACACAUACACAUCUACAUUUCCGUGGUUAGAUGAUAUAGUUCAUGUUUGGUGUUGCAUACUGUGAAGCGUUUUGAUUGAGUUUCGCCCUGCGGUAUCGAGUCUGCCAUGGCUAAGGUUCCUCGAGUAUGCUCCUAAAAAUGUAAUUGUAUUGACAUGGCUUGCUUAUUGCGUAUGGCUGUAUCAAAUAUUUGCUUGCAUACUUCUGGGCAACAAAAAUGCAGAGUCCAGGAUUCUGAAGAUUUGACCGCAGGGCUGUAGCUCCUCUAAGUUAAUUUUGUUAAGAAGUCGUUUGUUUGGUUUUGCAAUUUUGCAACUACAGUGUCAAUUGUAAGUAAAACUUGCUUACUAAGUAGCCUACAUAUCUCUCUCUAUUUCUGAAACACACACACACACGUACUCGAAAACAUACGCAGACAACCGAAAACCAGUUCUAUGUAUGUGUUAUCAAUGUUUUUAAGUAGCUUGAACUAGUCUAAUCGAUGUCAUCUUAAUAAGUACCAUUGCAUACAAACACCCUAACGAUACUACAUAGAUAUGUGUGAUUGGAUUUCCAAGGCUUAAACAAAAAACGCCAAUUUUUAUGGCUGCUGGUUUCGUGUCUGUUAGCAAUGCUAUUCUUUUUUCAAGUUACUUUUACUUUCUAGUUUCUAUUUUUUCGGGGGUUUUUCGCUCACCAUAUAUCUUUGAUUUCAUUGUUGUUUUACGCUACGUGUAGUUAAUUGUGCCAUGGCGAAUACGAAUCAAAAUAAAAGUAACUCUCUAACAUUGAUUAAUCAAAUUCUUUCGUCUUUGUCCCGUUUCUUUUCCAUAUUUCCUAUACUCGAUCCACUCUCUUUUGCUUUCACAUCCGUAUGUUUCCCUUGCAUUUCGUAAUUUGGUAAUCGAAUCGACGGCUUGUUGUUGUUGCUAACUCUGCUUGAUUGUCUAACAUGAUUACCAACACAACGACAACCAUACCGACAACAACUCAACAACACAAUCAACAACAACUCAACAACAACUCAACAACAAC